ACAACCCACGAAAUGAACCAAUUUCAAUCAAAAUCAAACCCCCAAAUAAAAAUGUUCCAUCAACCAAAAAGUUAUGGUGGGGAACAAAACAAAAACAAAAACAAUUAAAAUAAAAAAUAAAAGAUCUUUUACACAGUAAAGAAGGAUCUAAUACUCACCAAGCGUUUUUUGUUCACUGGACAAUUUCAUAUUUCUCUCUCCACCCAUCUCAUUUUUUUUAAUGCUACUCCAUUUUUUUUUACUAUUAUCUUACAAUUUUUAAUUCCCUCUCUAACUUGAUUGAUUUCAAGAAUUUUCAUUUUUAAUUUGAAAAAACUUAAUUAUAUUCCGGUGAAGAAUUCUCGCCGGAGAGCCACCGUAGGAGGGGAUGCCGACGGCGGUGACAACGGCGAGACAAUGUUUAACAGAGGAAGCAGCAAAAGCGUUAGACGACGCAGUAUCAGUAGCCAAACGAAGGAACCACGCACAAACGACGUCGCUUCAUGCAGUAUCAGCUUUACUCUCUCCAUCUUUCUCUCUCGUCCGAGAAUCUCUGACACGUUGUCGGAGCUCCGCUUACUCGCCACGUCUGCAAUUCCGAGCACUGGAGCUCUGUGUGGGCGUCUCACUGGAUCGUCUCCCUUCUUCCAAAAUUACCCCUCAAGAGAAUGACGAUUUUGCCCCUCCUAUCUCCAACUCUCUCAUGGCUGCCAUCAAACGGUCGCAGGCGAAUCAACGGCGGCAACCUGAGAUGUAUCACUUUAAUCCGUUACACGUCAGCAACAUCCAUGGAAGUUGUAGUACUAGCUCCAGCAACAACAACAAUAAUAAUAUAAACAAUAAUACUUUUAAUAACAAUAAUAUUUCAAUUUCUUCGAUAAAAGUGGAGUUGAAGCAUUUCGUGCUAUCGAUUUUGGAUGAUCCAAUUGUGAGUCGGGUAUUCGGGGAAGCGGGUUUUCGGAGCUCCGAGAUAAAGCUAUCGAUACUUCACCCACCGAGAUGGGCCCCAAGCCCAAGCUUAAGCCCAGGUUCGAGAUGUCCUCCAUUGUUUCUCUGUAAUUUGAUGGAUUUUCCGGGGUACUUCGGGGAGAUUGAUGAGAAUUGUAAGAGGAUAGGGGAGGUGAUGGUGAAGAAGAAGGAAAAGAAUCCUCUGCUUGUGGGUGUAUGCGCUAAGGAUGCACUCGCAAAGUUUAAAGAGUGUGUUUGGAAGCAGAAGUUUGAUGGGUUUCCAGUGGGAAUUCAUGGGUUGAAGUUGUUUUGCUUGGAAAAGGAGAUUAAGGAGUUUGUUCUUGGGAAGAGUGAGAAAAAUGAAGUGCUGGAUUUGAGGAUUAAGGAAGUUAGAUCAAUGGUGGAGAAUUGUAGUUUGGUUGGACCUGGAAUUGUGAUUAAUUUGGGAGAAUUGAAGGUUUUGGUUGAUGAUGAAAAUGAAAAUGAUAUGAUGAAUCAAGUGGUUUUGAAGUUGAGUAAUUUGGUUGAAGUUCAUGGGAAGAAGAUUUGGUUGAUUGGUUUUGCUGCUAAUUAUGAAACUUACUCUAAUUUUGUGGCUAAGUUUCCAACUCUCGAGAAAGAUUGGGAUCUUCAUCCUCUGCCUAUUACUUCCUCUAGAUCUUCAUUCGACGGAUUUAAUUCUAAAUCCAGCUUGAUGGGGUCCUUUGUUCCCUUUGGUGGUUUCUUUCCAACACCUUCUGACUACAGACCUCCGAUAACUGCUGUUCAACACUCAUUUACUCGUUGUAAUGCAUGUAAUGACAAGUAUGAGCAAGAGCUUGACACUAUCCUGAGAGAAGGAUCAUCUAUUUCAUCUGCUGAUCAGGACUCUGUAACUUUGCCUUCCUGGUUGCAGAGAUCAAAAUCAGACUUGGGUAAGGGAGGAGAUAUCGUCACACAGGUCAAGGAUGUGAAAACAGCAUCAAAUGAAAAAACUAAACAGCUGCAGAAAAAAUGGGAUGAUCAUUGUCGGCAUGUUCAUCAAAGUCCCAUGUUUCCUUCUCCAGGAGUUUCUUUAGCCAGGUUGCAAUCGGGCUUCCCAUUUACACCAGAUAAUAGGCAGGGUGGCAGCUGCAGCAGUGGAGAUUCUUCUCUGAAUGAGAGAGCAUGCUCCAAUUCCAGUUCCGGAAUGCAGAAUGUGUCUCCUCAUCAGCAGUCUACAAAACCCGACUUCCCAAAACCAGCCGUAGUAGAAGUACCACAAUGCCAAUCAGCUGAGAGAGAGCGCAUAGCUCCCCCGGUGUAUCCCAUUGAUAAAUCAAGACUGCCUCCAAACCAAAUCACAGCUAUUUCUGUCACUACUGAUUUAGGUUUGGGGACAAUCUAUGCAUCUAAAUGCGAGUUAAAGAAGCCGUUCUUGCAAGCUCAUUUGCAGCCUUCUCCAGGCCCCAUUUCAACUAAUCAAGGGAUCUUUAACAAGAAAGAUUCUUCACAAACUGCUCAAUCUUCCUUCUAUGGACUGGACCCUGAUUACAAACCACUUCUGAAAAAAUUGAGUGAGGCAGUUGCAUGGCAAGGUGAAGCCAUCAGCAGAAUUACUGAAAUAGUGUCUUGUUGUAAAAGUGGAAACGGACGUCAACGGGCUGCAAACAUCAGAGGGAAUAAUAUGUGGCUCAGUUUUCUUGGACCUGAUAAAAUUGGAAAAAAGAGGAUAGCUGAAGCACUUGCUGAUUCAAUUUUUGCUGGAAGCAGAGACCGCCUGAUAUCUGUGGAUUUGAGUGCCCAAGAUAAGAUUGACAAGGUUAACUCCCUCUUUCAUUGUCAAGGAUCACAAGAUUUUGACAUAAAUAUGAGCAGAAUAACAGUUGUGGAUCAUAUAGCCCAGGAAUUGUGUAAGAAGCCACAUUCUGUUGUCUUCCUUGAAAAUAUAGAUGAGGCAGAUUUAGUGGUGCAAAAUAGCUUGUCCCAUGCCAUUCAGACAGGUAAAUUUCAGGAUUCACGUGGCAGAGAAAUCGGGAUAAAUAAUGUGAUAUUUGUUACAACUUCUUCCAUUACCAAGGAUGAGAGAAGUCUCUCUCCAAGGAAGGAAUUCAUCAAAUUUCAGGAGGAAAAGAUUUUGGAAGCUAAAAACUGGCAAAUGCAGCUAGCUACCAGAAGUGUGUUAGCUGAUACAAAUAGAAGUAACGAGGCAACUGUUUCACUUUUGCCCUCAAAAUGUUCCUCAAACCAAGAGUUCUCAGCUAAGAGGAAGCUUUCCCACAUCAUCAAUGACAGCUCGGAGAACUUAGAGGUAUCAAAACGUGCCCAGAAAACCCCGAAAAGUUCUCUUGAUUUGAAUUUGCCAUUGGAAGAUACAGAAGAGGGUGAUGAGAUGGACAUUUGUGGAAGAGCUUGGCUGGAAGGUUUCUUUGGCCAAGUGGAUGGAAAUGUAAUAUUUAAGCCCUUUGAUUUUGAUGCUGUUGCAGACAAGUUAUUAAGGAAGGUGCGGUCGAAGUUUGAGGACACAUAUAGAGGGGAAAGAAUAUCACUAGAAAUUGAACAUGAAGUGAUGGUUCAGAUUCUAGCAGCAGCCUGGUUUUCAGACAAGGAGGGCCUUGAGCAUUGGAUUGAACAGGUUCUAUACACAAGUUUCUCGGAAGCCCGGGAAAAAUACGGUUUAUCAGCUGAUUCAGUUGUAAGAUUAAGCUGUGUUGAAGGUGUUCCUGUAAAAGAAUGGGUUUCUGGCAUUCGUCUUCCCAAGAGAAUAAAUAUCGGUAUCUGAGUUUCGUCCAUUCGAUCUCCUAGCUUUUUGGUUUAGUGUAAUCCCCAGAUUACAGCCAUGAUUUGGCUAAGUGAUCUGAUAUAUAUAUUUUUUUCCUGGGUGGUUUUUGCAUGUAUGUAUUAUAUGUGCUGCACUUUUGACCACAGUUUAGAAAAAGAAAAGAUGUAUAAAGCUAUGCUAGUCUUUAGAUAUACUGUAUGUAUAUUUCUAAGUCCCCUUCUUUGACUUAAAUUUAGCUGAUACAGCUUGCUCCAA